CUUAUUUGAAUAGUUCGUAAAAGAGAGGGUUCUGUUUGCAAUUUUCCUAACUUUUAGAUCCUGAGUUCUGCAAUAUAAAUAAAGAACAAAACAAAACACGAUCACGAGGCAAUUUUGAGACAAGAAUGGUGUUGAAUAGUCGAUUGGUGGAGACAACAGUUAAUCUGUCGGCGGAUCUCUGGCAAUAUGUUGCGUGUAACCCCGAGAUACUUCCUCGCGCCACCGUCAUCCAUUUCAUCUUCUGCAUCCCUCUCCUCCAACUCCGCCGUCUCGCUUCCUCUCUAGGAUCAUACCUAUGCUUCGAUUCCGGCGCCGGAGUUGAUCACCGUACUCAUUCCGAUUAAGUUACCGGCGCGUUUCCAUGAAUCGUCUGUUAAAUUUCGACUUUUGAUUGUGUAAUUUUUGUUCUGAUUGUAAUGUAAUUUUGUUUGUUUGUAAACCGAAAGGGACAUACAAAUUUAAUACCAGAAUAAACCGGAAACAUUUAAAUACACACAGAACCAAACCGGGUUGUGUGGAAUUGUUGUCGUCACAGGAGAGAAAUAAGCAGAGACGUGUAAACCAAAGAACAACGAAGGUUUCGUUUCGUGGGGAAGAAGAUGAAGUCGCUUGUGGCUCAUUUCUCAACGCCUUUAAUCACCGCUAGAUUAGUUCCUAGAUGUAUCAUCCAUCGAGCUUCAAUCUCCGCCGUCUCUUUUUCCACCGUCCGCCGUCGAUUUUCUCCUCUCACCAUGGCCUCAGCAGCUCAGUCUUCUUCUCAGGCUGUGUCUUACGGGAGUGGCAACAGUGAUACAGAUGUUUUUAAAUUGAUUCAAGCUCACGAGGAGAAGGCUGCUCGUCUUUCCCCAGUCGAAGAAAUCCGAACUGUGCUUAAUGGUAGCAUAUGCGGUAUGCUUUCCACUUUUUCUCAGAAGUAUGAGGGUUAUCCUUCAGGGUCAAUGGUUGAUUUUGCAUGUGAUGCUGAUGGUUCUCCGAUUCUGGCAGUUAGUAGCUUGGCAGUUCAUACAAAGGAUCUCUUAGCUAAUCCAAAAUGCUCAUUACUAAUUGCUAGAGACCCAGAGGAUAGGACUGGUUUGAGGAUCACCUUACAUGGUGAUGCAGUGUUGGUUUCUGAAAAAGAUCAAGCAGCUGUUCGAUCUGCCUAUUUAGCCAAGCAUCCCAAAGCUUUCUGGGUUGAUUUUGGGGACUUCAGCUUUAUGCGAAUUGAACCGAAAGUGGUCAGAUAUGUUUCAGGGGUUGCAACUGCUUUUCUUGGAUCUGGAGAAUUUAGCAAAGAGGAGUACCAAGCAGCCAAAGUCGAUCCUAUAGCUCAGUAUGCAAAACCUGUAACGUCUCACAUGAAUAAAGACCAUGAAGAGGAUACCAAAGCCAUUGUACAUAAUAUAACAUCCAUACCUGUGGAAAGCGCCUUGAUGCUGGAUUUGGAUAGCCUUGGUUUCAAUGUUAAGGCUACUCUUCAAGGGAACACCUUCAAACUCCGAGUUCCGUUUCCAAGACGCGCACAAGACAGAAAGGAUGUAAAGACAUUGAUUGUGGAAAUGCUUCAAGCUGCCAAGUCCAAUUAGUUGCUAAAAUAAAGAUGGAAAAGCUCUUCCAUCUGAAUCCUGCUACAACAAGAAAAGCUUCCUCCAAUACACAUUUUAUCUUAUCUAUCAGUUGCAAAAAGAACACUCAUUUAGUCCUGUAUAUAUCUCAACAAGACUAGAACUAGAUGUAUACAUGAAAAAAAGUUAUCAAUAAAGAUUUCUGAAGUUGUAUUGGCAUUCAUGAAUGCUUAAUCCCUUUACCAUGCGUUUGAUUUCAGAAAAGUUAAGUAGAACUUGCAUUACUUUUCUAUCUUUUCCCAGUCAAAUCCAGUGACCGAUUCUCAUUUCAAACGCAU